UUUUAACGAACGAUCCUAACGUUUUAUCUUGCUUGUUAUAAUUUACUAAUAUUUAGGUCAGUGGUUAUUAGCGGUAGUCGACUCAAACCUAUGUCUACUCCACAUACAGAAGUGAACUCUGGACAAACUGAAUUAGCACCGAUUAGUACAGUUGGGACUGAUAUGUCAAGUAAUACUUUAUCGAUUGGUGUCCCUCUUCACACUCUUGGUCCCAUUGAAGGGCAAGAUGGACUCAGUUUGACUAGACAAGAAAUAAAUCGACUCAUCUUGGAGUAUUUAGUCGUUGAAGGUUACAAAGAUGUUGCUGAAAAAUUUAGUCGUGAGACGGGAAUUGUAGAGCCUUUAAAUGAGUUGCAAGUUGCAGGUGCAAGUUUGAAUGAUCGUAUGUGGAUUCGUGAAGCAGUUUUGUUAAGGAAAAUCGAAGACGUUAUUGAUACAGUGAAUCGAUUAUGGCCUGAACUCUUUGAUAAAAACCCUUUUAUCUACUUUCAGCUUCGGCAGCUGCAAAUGCUAGAACUUAUUCGGAACAAGCGUUUAGAAGAAGCCCUUAUAUUUGCCCAGUCGUAUUUAGCGGAUCCAGUAGCCAAACGGUUAUCAGAACAUCCUCAGUUAUUGAAUGAAAUGCAAAAUACUAUGGCACUAUUAGCUUUUGAUAAUCCUGCUGAAAGUAUUUAUGGCAAGCUGCUUAGUCCUCAACACGCUGAAGUGGUUGCAGGAGCACUAAAUCGAGCUAUACUUCGACAUAUCGAAUCAUCAGGAGAUGAAAUCGAUACAUCAGAAGAGGGUAAAGGCUCUGUGACUGCGAACUCUAUGGGUUAUUCCGGUGUCUCAUCCACUGUACCACGAUUGACAAAAAUGAUGGCGCUGUUACUACAUUUCCGUGAUUUAUCACAGCUUGAACUUCCACCAGAAUUAGCCUCAUUAUAGAUCAGUUGUUGAAAAGUGGAAUAAACUCUUUAUUAUUCUCAUCUUUUAUGUUUCAUAACUUUAACUGAUUAUUUUUAGUUAAAGGCAGCAUGAUGGUUGAUUUCAUGACAUUUUGACUAAUACACAUGUACAAAUUAUAUAACAAGCAAGAUUGUGUAUUAAUAAUUCUAGCCAAAAAUUUCAGGUAGUUCACCCAUUUUGGGAGUCUUGUUUUACACCUAUGUGACUUUUCAAUCAGUAUACAGCAUUAAAGAGCUUAGUUAAUCCUCAUACACAUGAAAAAUGUUUUCCUUACCCGUGUUUCCUUCAGAAAUAAAUCGUUUGAAAUAUGUC